UCGAGUUACAUGAACAAUAAAGGACCAUAAAUAAUAUCAUAAACAAUAAUAAUAACAAUCAAUUUUUGUGUUUGAUUUUUUUUGCGGGGUAGUCAAAAUUUUUUUUUGCAAAAAUGGCUGAUGACGAUACUAAUAAUUUUCAAGAGGAUGGAAAUGAUUUAUCAACAUCAAAGUUUGGUCUACGUGCCAGAGGCCGUAAAGGAGCUUUGAAAAAGAAAAAUGUUUAUAAUGUUAAGGAUCAUAGAUUUAUGCCACGGUUUUUCAAACAACCGACUUUUUGUUCACAUUGUAAAGAUUUUAUAUGGGGUUUUGGAAAACAAGGCUACCAAUGUCAGGUGUGCAGUUUUGUGGUGCAUAAAAGAUGCCACGAAUAUGUAACAUUCACAUGUCCCGGUGCAGACAAAGGUGCCGAUUCAGAUGCGGAGACUGCAAAACACAAAUGGGAAACAUGGACAUAUUUAACACCAACUUUCUGCGACCAUUGUGGUUCCAUGUUGCAUGGUCUUGCCCAUCAAGGACUGAAAUGCACAGCAUGUGAUAUGAAUGUACAUAAACGAUGCGAGGAGAGUGUACCAAAUUUAUGUGGAUGUGAUCAUACGGAACGGCGGGGGAGAAUACAAUUGGCGAUUACGUGUAUUGGAAAUAAAUUAACAUGCGAAGUGAAACAAGGAAGAAAUUUAAUUCCAAUGGACCCAAAUGGAUUAAGUGAUCCAUAUGUUAAGUUGAAAUUGAUCCCGGAUUCGGAUAAUGUUAAAAAGAAAACAAAAACAAUUCGAUCCUGCCUCAAUCCAGUCUGGAAUGAAAUAUUAGUAUUCGAUUUAAAACCAGAAGAUAAAGAUAGAAGAUUAUUAAUUGAAAUAUGGGAUUGGGAUCGAACAUCGCGGAAUGAUUUUAUGGGAUCAUUAUCAUUUGGAAUCUCUGAAUUAAUCAAAUCACCUGCGGAUGGUUGGUUUAAAUUAUUAACACAAGAAGAAGGUGAAUUUUAUAAUGUUCCUGUACCAGAAGAAGGUACUGAUUUAGCACAGAUUAAAACACAAAUGCGGAAAACAUCCAUUUCCAAAAAAGCAGCAUUUGACGCAAAUAAAGAUGUUCCACAUAAUAUGGGUAAAAAAGAUGUAAUACGUGCAACUGAUUUUAAUUUCCUGAUGGUUUUGGGAAAAGGUUCAUUUGGUAAAGUAAUGUUAGCUGAACGUAAAGGUACUGACGAGUUAUAUGCAAUAAAAAUUUUAAAAAAAGAUAUAAUUAUUCAAGAUGACGAUGUCGAGUGCACUAUGGUUGAAAAACGGGUUCUAGCUUUAUCAAGUAAACCACCAUUUUUGGUCCAAUUACAUUCUUGUUUUCAAACUAUGGAUCGCUUAUAUUUUGUAAUGGAAUACGUAAACGGUGGUGAUUUAAUGUUUCAAAUUCAACAGUGUGGGAAAUUCAAAGAACCUGUAGCGGUAUUUUAUUCCUCUGAAAUUGCAAUUGGUUUAUUUUAUUUACAUUCCCGUGGUAUUGUAUACAGAGAUUUAAAAUUGGAUAAUGUAUUAUUAGACAAAGAUGGCCAUAUAAAAAUCGCCGAUUUUGGUAUGUGUAAAGAAGGCAUAUUAGGUGAUAAAACAACAAAGACAUUCUGUGGAACACCGGAUUAUAUUGCACCUGAAAUUAUUUUAUAUCAACCUUACGGUAAAUCUGUCGAUUGGUGGGCAUAUGGUGUAUUAUUGUAUGAAAUGCUAGUAGGACAACCGCCAUUCGAUGGAGAAGACGAAGAAGAAUUAUUUGCUGCUAUUACAGAUCAUAAUGUUAGCUAUCCAAAGAGUUUAUCAAAAGAAGCAAAAGAAGUUUGUAAAGGGCUAUUAACAAAGAAUCCUAGUAAAAGACUUGGAUGUGGUCCACGAGGUGAAGAAGAUGUACGUAGUCAUGCAUUUUUCAGACGUAUUGAUUGGGAGAGAAUUGAAAAUCGUGAAGUUCAACCGCCAUUUAAACCUAAAAUUAAACAUCGUAAAGACGUAUCAAAUUUCGACAAACAAUUCACAUCAGAAAAAACAGAUUUAACACCAACCGAUAAACUAUUUAUGAUGAAUUUAGAUCAAACAGAAUUUAUGGGAUUCUCAUUCUUAAAUCCAGAAUUUGUGCAACAUGUUUAAGAAAUUUAACAUAUUUUAAAACUCUAUCGUCCUUAAAACAAAA